GUCGCUCCGCACGUGUAGCACUCCGGAAGGUUUUUGGCAGCGCACCGGUCGGAUUGUGGUUUCCGGUGUGACUUUUUCGUCUCGUGUGUCUCGACGUGUUUUUUGAUGCUGAAUCAAUAAUCGAUUAAUAAUCACGUCAUCGCCGCCUGACGUCACUCUCCUGCUGAACCGUGAAUUGAAAUAAAGUUUGAAUGUGCGGCGGAGUUUCUCUUUGAUCUCGCGACCUUCAGCGGCUCAGGUGUCGUCAGCAGGUGAGGGGGGCACGUGCUCCGGCUGCCCGGCAGGUGUGUGUGCAGGUGGCCUGCGAGUCCAGAACAUUUAGGGAGGAACGUCUGAACAAAACUGAGGAAAUCGGAAAGAGUCUGGAUCAUGGCAGUCCAGGUGACCGAGUCCGACCAGAUCAAACAGUUUAAGGAGUUUCUGGGGACGUACAACAAGGUGACGGAGAACUGCUUCAUGGACUGCGUCAGAGACUUCACGAGCCGGGACGUGAAGCCGGAGGAGUCCAGCUGCUCCGAGUCGUGUCUGCAGAAGUACCUGAAGAUGACCCAGCGGAUCUCCAUGCGGUUCCAGGAGUACCACAUCCAGCAGAACGAGGCUCUGGCUGCUAAAGCCGGACUGCUGGGGCAGCCUCGCUGAACCGGUCCGGUCCAGCGGCACCGUGUCGGGCGAAUAAAGACUGAAGCUGCUGGCGUUUCGUUUCCCCUGAGCUGGGAGAUCUAGUUUUGUGUGUUACUUUGUGAUGAAAUCUUUUUAUUAUUAAACUCCAUGAACCCGU